AUGGAACCAAAGAAUGACCUCGAUUUUAUCUUGAGGAAUUUGUUGGCUGGAGGUGUAGCUGGAAUGUGUGCAAAAACUGCAGUGGCCCCACUGGACAGGAUAAAGAUUCUCCUACAAGCCCAGUCUGUACAUUAUAAACACCUUGGAGUAUUUGGUGGUUUAACAGCAAUUGUCCGUCAAGAGUCCCUUUUUGCCCUAUACAAGGGAAAUGGGGCACAAAUGGUUCGGAUAUUUCCCUAUGCGGCUACACAGUUCACAAGCUUCGAAAUUUACAAAAAGUACCUGGGCGCGCUGAACAUCCCGAUGGUGCAGCACGGCGACAAGUUCGUGGCGGGCGCGGCGGCCGGCGUGACGGCCGUCACGCUCACUUACCCGCUGGACACGAUCCGCGCCCGCCUCGCGUUCCAGGUGACGGGCGAGCACCGCUACAGCGGCAUCGCGAACACCGCCGUCACGAUGUUCCGCACGGAGGGCGGUAUACGCGCUCUGUACCGCGGCUUCACCCCCACAAUGGUGGGCAUGAUACCGUACGCCGGCCUGAGUUUCUACUGUUUCGAGUCCCUAAAGUACCUCUGCAUGAAGUACCUGCCGACAACGCUAUGCCGCAAAUGUGACCGGAACACCGGCGGCUUGGUGCUGACUGUACCGGGGAAGCUGGUGUGCGGCGGCUUGGCCGGCGCCGCUGCCCAGUCGGUCUCGUAUCCCCUCGACGUCACGCGGCGGCGGAUGCAGCUCGCCUGCAUGGACCCCGACACUUCCAAGUUCGGCGCCGGCAUGAUAAAGACCCUGAGACUGAUAUACCAAGAGAACGGCGUGACGAAGGGCUUGUACCGCGGCAUGAGCAUCAACUACCUGCGCGCGAUCCCCAUGGUGGCCACCUCCUUCUCCACCUACGAGCUGAUGAAGCAACUCCUCCAUCUGGACACGGGCAUGACGGUCGCC